AUGGUUCAAUCAUCCAUCCUCGGUUUCCCUCGCAUGGGAGCCAACCGUGAGCUGAAGAAGGCCACAGAAGCUUACUGGGGCGGCAAGAUCACUCAAGCCGAUCUCCUCGCCGAGGCCAAGAGACUUCGUCUUGAGCACUGGAACAUCCAGAAGAAUGCCGGCGUCGAUGUCAUUCCCAGCAAUGACUUCGCUCUCUAUGAUCAAGUCCUCAGCCACAUCCAAGACUUCGGUGCCACACCUCCCCGUUAUACCAAAUACAACCUCAACCCUGUCGAUGAAUACUUUGCUAUGGGCCGUGGUCACCAGAAGGAUGGUGUUGAUGUUCCCAGCUUGGAGAUGGUGAAGUGGUUCGACUCGAACUACCAUUAUGUCAAGCCAACCCUGCAAGACGGACAAACCUUCAAGCUCAACCCCAACUCGAAGGCUGUCAAUGAGUUUGUUGAGGCUAAGGAGGCUGGCAUUGUUACCCGGCCUGUCCUUGUUGGUCCCGUCUCCUUCCUUGCCCUCGGCAAGCCAGACCGUGACCAGACCGUCGACCCAAUUGACCUUCUCGAGAAGCUUCUUCCCGUCUAUGAGGAACUUCUCAUUAAGCUCAAGGAGGCCGGUGCUGAGACCGUCCAGAUCGAUGAGCCCACUCUCGUUUUCGAUUUGUCACCAAAGGUCAAGGCUGCAUUCAAGCCAACUUAUGAGAAGCUCGCCAGCCUAGGUGACAAGAUCCCAAAGAUCGUCUUGGCCACCUACUUCGGUGACAUCGUCCACAACCUCGAUGCUCUGCCAACUGAUAUCUAUGCUGUCCACGUUGAUUUGGUCCGCGCUCCAGAGCAACUUGAAGACGUUAUUGGUGCUUUGGGCCCAAAGACUAUCCUCUCUGCAGGUGUUGUCGAUGGCCGUAACAUCUGGAAGACCAACCUCAAGCGUGCUAUUGAGACUGUUGAGACUGCCGUUCAAAAGCUCGGAAAGGACCGCGUCAUCGUUGCUACUUCCAGCUCGCUGCUCCACACCCCCCACACUCUCGCCAGUGAGAAGAAGCUAGACGCCGAGAUUGCUGACUGGUUCUCCUUCGCCGUCGAGAAGGCAUCUGAGGUUGCUGUGAUCUCCAAGGCUGUCACUGAGGGCCCUGCGGCUGUCCGUGCCGAGUUGGAGGCCAACGCCAAGUCCAUUCAGGCUCGUGCCAGCUCCAAGCGUACCAAUGACCCCAAGGUCAAGGAGCGUCAAGCAAGCAUUACUCCAGACUUCUACAACCGAAAGUCCGAGUUCCCUGUCCGUAUCUCUCAACAACAGAAGAGCUUGGGACUUCCUCUCUUCCCCACCACAACUAUUGGUUCUUUCCCACAAACCAAGGAAAUCCGUAUUCAGCGUAACAAGUUCACCAAGGGUGAAAUUACCGCCGAGGAAUACGAGAAGUUCAUCGAGAAGGAGAUCCAAGAUGUUGUUAAGAUCCAAGAGGAACUUGACCUUGAUGUCUACGUCCACGGCGAGCCUGAGCGUAACGACAUGGUGCAAUACUUCGGUGAGCGUCUUGAUGGAUAUGCUUUCACCACCCACGCCUGGGUUCAAAGCUACGGCUCCCGUUGUGUCCGACCCCCCAUCAUCGUCGGUGAUAUCUCUCGUCCUGCCCCUAUGACCGUCAAGGAGUCCAAGUAUGCCGUCUCCAUCUCGAAGAAGCCAAUGAAGGGCAUGUUGACUGGUCCCAUCACCUGUCUCCGAUGGUCAUUCCCUCGUGACGAUGUGCAUCAAUCUGUCCAGGCUGAGCAGCUUGCUCUUGCCCUCCGUGAUGAGGUUGUCGACCUUGAGGCCGCUGGUGUUUUCGUCAUCCAGGUCGAUGAGCCUGCCCUCCGUGAGGGUCUUCCUCUCCGUGCUGGCAAGGCUCGUGAGGCUUACCUUGACUGGGCUGUUAAGUCUUUCCGUCUCUCCGUCUCCGGCGUUCAAGACUCAACUCAAAUCCACUCUCACUUCUGCUACUCCGAAUUCCAAGACUUCUUCCACGCCAUUGCCGCCCUUGACGCUGAUGUUCUGUCUAUCGAGAACAGCAAGUCUGACGCUAAGCUUUUGAAAGUCUUCGUCGAUGAGCAGUACCCCCGCCACAUCGGCCCUGGUGUCUAUGACAUCCACUCCCCUCGUGUUCCAAGUGAGCAAGAGAUCAAGGACCGAAUUGAGGAGAUGUUGCAAUACCUCAAGCCAGAGCAGCUCUGGAUCGAUCCUGACUGCGGUCUCAAGACUCGUCAAUGGGCUGAGACCAAGGCUGCCUUGGUCAACAUGGUCAACGCUGCCAAGUUCUACCGCCAGAAGUAUGCCUCCAAGCAGUAA